AGAGAGAGAGAGAGAGAGAGAGAGAUUAUGGCCUCUAGAAUUGCCCCUUCGCCUCUCCCAGCUGCAUCUCUUAGGUUUCAGGUUUCAGAAAGGCUAUCAACGAAGAGUCAUGCGCUCUUCAUCAAUCCUUACGGAGCAGACAAGAAGCUAUCUCUUCCCAGUAGAGCAUCUCAAUCAGAUAACGUAGCAGAGGAACAAAGUGCAACAGAGUCUUCUGUUCGCAGUCAACUGGAUCUCCUGGAACAGCUAACAUCCACCACCAAUACAGGCCGUGGUUAUGAGAGUGGCGGUGAUACUGCAAGACCCACAAUUCGAGAACAACUUGCCGAAUUAACCAGAGGAAGAGAUGAAGACUUUACUCUUCAAUUAGGUAAAAAGAUGAAAGAAAGCUUGAAAAAGUUGAAUAUCUUAACAAUUUCACAGAGGAGAAACAUCAAGCGACAGACUUACCUCAAUGAAGUAUCUCGCAGAAAUGAUGUUACUUUCUUUGCCACAAUAGGAGCGUUUAUACUUCUCCCUCCAUUAGUCAUCUUGGCCGCAGCUAUACAAACUGGAUAUGUUCAGCUCUUUCCAUGAUGAAUGUGUGAAUGUAAUAGCAUUUCUUAUUCAUCGCAGUGUGCAAAUGCAAAGUCUUAAAAACAGCAAUGUACAGUGUAUAAUACUAUAUACUGCAAAUAGUUUCAUGACUAGCAUAGCAGGAGAUCAUUAUCACCAAAAAGGAACUAAGCUUCAGGUUUCUGAUAUCAUCACAUAGUUCAAGCUGCAAUUUGCCCUAUAAAAAUGACAGGAAGAAUUACCAAGCUCCAAAUGGAAGAUGCAGUUUCAGGUUUUCCUUGCAAGCUUCAAGCAAAUUUCUGGUUUUACUGGCCUGAUUGUAAUCACAGCUUCGGCUUUAAAGAAGGUUGUUUGGUCGAAGAAGUUAGAAGGCAUAUUUUGGAUUUUUCUAAUCACAGCUUCGGCUUUUGACAGUAUGAAAUCCAAUUGAGUUUUGGAUUUUUAUGGUUUGAAAUUUUCUACUAAAUUUAUCCAAUUUGGGCUACCAGUAAAUUAUCAUUUUGCAGAGAUUAUUCUUA